CCCCAUCCCCUUCCUCUCCCCCCCCCCCCCCCCCCAAUGGUCCGGCGAGCGGCGGCGGCGGCGGCGAGGUCUGGAGACGUGGAGCCGUCGGGGCGAAUCAACUGAGCGCCUCCCGCAAUGCUCUCUCGCGCGGCCCGAAUCCGCCGCGCCGCGGUGGCGGCCUUCUCCACCACCGCCGCCGCCGCCGCCGCGGCGAGGCCGGGGACUGGGCUGUACGGCUUCGAUGUGCUGCGCACGGCCAGGGGCUUCCGCCGCUUCGUCGACGACGCUAUCGAGAGGUCCGACGAACUCGUGGCCUACAUCGCCCGGCUGCCGCCGUCCGCGGAGAUUGUCCGCGCCAUGGACGAGAUAUCGAACACUGUCUGUUCAGUUAUUGACUCUGCAGAAUUGUGCAGGAACACGCACCCAGAUAGGGAGUUUAUGGAUGAGGCAGAUAAGGCAUCAAUGAGGAUUUAUGAGCAUCUUCAAUACCUGAAUACCAAUACUACUUUGUACAAUGCAAUACUUAAAGCUGAGAGCGAAGGUGUCCUGCUCACAGAAGAAGCUCGAAGGGCAGCAACGACCUUGCGUGUUGACUUUGAGAAGGGGGGAAUUCAUCUUCCUAAAGAUAAACUCGACCAUGUUAAUCAUCUGAACCUUGAGAUUGCCCAGUUGGGUCGAAAGUUCAGUGAAAAUGUUAUGAACAAACCUGGUUUUGUGGAUAUAUAUCCAGCUUCACGCAUUCCAAGAAAUAUGCAACGCCAUUUCAAAUCCAUUCACCGUAUCAAACCUUGGGGUGAUGAGGAACAAAGAAAACAAACGGACACUACAAAGCAAAAGGGUCUUAGGAUAGUUACUGAUUCAGGAACUCUAUCAACAGCUCUGAGAUGGGUCUCAGAUGAGGAAAUCAGGAGACAUGCAUACAUGGUAGGAAACUCUGAACCCUGUGAAAACAUUGCAGUACUUGACAAACUUAUAAGUGCACGCGACGAGCUUGCAAAGACUAUGGGAUGCAAAUCAUAUGGUGACUUUGCUAUUCGUCCUAAUAUGGCUGCAUCUGUAGAUGUUGUCAUGUCAUUUCUCAACGAUUUGAGUGACACAGUUAGACACAAAGCUGACGAGGAAAUUAAGAGUAUACAGGACUUCAAGAGAACAGUAUGCAAUGAAAAGAGUGCUAAUCUUGAACCCUGGGAUGAGGAUUACUUUAUUGGAAUGAUGAAAUCAUCUGCACAUGGCUUGGAUGUCUCAGUAGUCGCAGCAUACUUUCCAUUGUCCCAGUGCCUAAAAGGCUUAAACGUGCUGGUGGAAUCAUUAUUUGGUGCCACGUUCCAUCAGAUUCCUAUGGGGGAUGGAGAGUCAUGGCAUCCAGACGUGAUAAAGUUGUCUCUCCAUCAUCCUAACGAGGGUGAUUUAGGAUUUAUGUAUCUUGAUCUCUACUCCAGAAAGGGUAAAUAUCCAGGGUGUGCUCACUUUGCUAUCAGAGGGGGGCGACGAUUGUCAGACUCAGACUACCAACUUCCAAUCGUUGCUUUAGUUUGCAACUUUUCAAGUUCGAGUAAAAUAACUGCCAGGCUUAACCAUUGGGAUGUUGAAACUCUAUUUCAUGAGUUUGGCCAUGCUCUUCAUUCUCUACUCUCAAGAACGGAAUAUCAACAUUUCUCUGGUACUAGAGUUGCCCUUGAUGUGGCUGAAACUCCAUCAAACCUCUUUGAGUUCUAUGCAUGGGAUUAUCGUGUUUUGAGGAAAUUUGCUGUUGAUGAAACAACUGGUGAUCCGAUACCAGAAAAGCUGGUAAAGGCACUAAAUGCUUCUCGGAACAUGUUUCCAGCAAUGGAGCUCCAGCGUCAGAUUUUCUAUUCUAUAAUGGACUUGACUUUGUUUGGAGAGCAAGGAUCCAAGCCAAUGGACACAAUUUCUACUGUAGCUGAUUUGAGGAGAAAGCAUACAAGUUGGAAAUUUGUAGAAGGCACACACUGGCAUUCUAGAUUCACUCAUCUUAUAAAUUACGGUGCUGGCUAUUAUAGCUAUCUUUAUGCUAGAUGUUUUGCCACAACUAUAUGGCAAGAAGUAUGCCAAGAUGAUCCAUUAUCCCACAGCACAGGUAGUGCACUUAGGGACAAAUUUCUUAAGUAUGGUGGAGCCAAGGAUCCUUCCGCCCUGUUAAAGGAUUUUGUAGGUGAUUCCAUUAUUAGAAACUCUGGAGGAGGAAUAAUCCCUGAUAUUAGCUCCUUGUGUAAAGAAGUUGGUUUGUGAAAUACCAUUAUGAGUGGAGAUUGGGAUCAUUAUUUUUGACAUUGAGAUGAUUUAAAGGGCCAAAAGAUUGUCAUGAUAAUAUGGUAUCAUGGAGAUGGUGGAGGUCAGGAGCUUUGUCUGCCACUGGGUCGCAGGAACUAGUUGAAGAUCAAGCUGAAAAAGUGAUACCAGAUUCUUGACAAAGAACUGAAAUGAUUCUCAAUACAGGAUCCUCUAUUUCAACCUUUGCAGGUUAGAUCAGCAGGGUACUUGGUGGAUCCUGUUUCACCAUUGUUGAAUCGCCAGUUUUAACUUGCGGCUGCAAAGGUGGGCUUUGCCCUGUCAACUGAUUUUUGACAUUUACUCCGAUUGGUCGGAGCUGUUGUUCAAAAGUUAUAGUGUCCCAGGCUAAUCCUCUAUACUCCAUCACAUGUAAUUCGCUAAACUGAUCAUAUAAGUGCAAGAUGUGCCCCGAUGAUUUUUUUUAAGGAAAAAAAACUCAAUUCACACGCAUCAAUUAAGUAUCAAUUAACGCUUAAUAGCGUCCAAAUAAUUUGUGAAGCUAUCCAGGAUGUUCAGCGUGUGUGUCU